CGAUAGCUAGCAUCGCAUGCUCGUGUUGGUCAUUCUUAGAGAGGGACGAUCUGAAGGGUUACAGUCGUAUCCGCGUCGCUUGACUAGCGAAUCCCAAUCGCUCAAUGAAACAAGCACCCGCGCGCAUAUGUUUCAACCAACUCUGAGGCUGAGCUGACGACAUCAUGUUAUACUUUCACUUCCAACUUCAACAUGAAAAAAUCCUGCAUAUUAUUGACGAAACUCUUUGAAUGACUGCCUUGGAGGUCCAGAAUUCUUUUACGUGCAAAAGAUGCUGCAAGACACAGCGAGCCGCGUCUGCGCAGUCACAGCUUUCUCUCUCAUCAUCACGAUCUUAAUGUACACGGCCUUAACACGCUUUGACAAAAAUUCGCAGAUGGUCGAAGAACACAUAUUCCAACCAACUAUUUACACCGGCUGGGGCGAUGGAUGGGCAUCUCUCUUGGCUGCUGGCGAACCCUUCGAAUCUACGAUAUUGCAAUCUGCGUCUGGCAGAUUCGCGUUCAGCAUGAAGAGUGGCGGACAUCUUCUUUUCGAGGAUCGACGAUUGAAGAAGAACACAACUAUAUUCAGCCAGACAGCUGGGGGUGUCCAUGGACUUGAAGGAGAGCCAGCUCCAGAGGGUGCUGCUAUGCAUGCGAGACUUUCGAGUAGGGGUACAUUCGUUGUUUACUACGAUGUCGAGCUGCCUCUUUCUACUCCUGAGUCGCCAUCGAACGAGCCAGCUUCACGAGCGAGACGAUCAGCUGUCAUGCAGACAAAGGGCAAGAGAGACGAUGAGUCCUUGGCCGAUCUUUUGCGACUUAUAGACGAAAACAUCAAUACGGAAGAGGAUGAUGACGACAAGGAUCACGGUCUUGGAUCUCUUUCCACAGUGAUCUGGGACUCAAACCGACUCCCGAACUGCCACAAGAUUCCGAAAGGUGCAUACCCGCCCAGUACACCGUUCUUGCAGUUGGAUGAUUCGGGUUUGUUGUAUAUCAGCACUAGCAACGAAAUCAACUGCGUUUUGAAACACUCCGAAGAUUAAAUAGUAGAUGCUUAACCUUACUACGGCAGCGCUUUUGCAGAAGCGUUGAUACAACUUCGAAUGGCACUGCGGUUGUUGGAUGGGACACGAAUUGACCAAGUGCUGGAGAUAUUCGUACAUCUACGCUGCGAUGUGCCGAAGAAUGUGCCGAAGAAAUGGCGUCCACCUGCAGGGGGAAAUCAUCGAGUAGAGAGUUAAUCUGGUCGUGGCACAAUCUCUCAUAUCGAUAGAGCUUGGAAAUCAAUAGCAUAUCCAGACAGAAGGCGAUCUCUUCCUUAUGAAAAGCGAAUUCGAUCUAUCGUGUUUUUUACUUUGGUACCAAGAUAUUGAACUGCAUUUUACUACUAUGUUCUGCG